AUGAAUGAACAAUCCCCAGGGCAUGUUGAUGAUAUUAGACGGUCAUCUCCAAAGCCAAAGCCUGUCACUUAUUUCACUUCAAUGACAGCCGCUGUGAAACUAUUCAAGCUAGAAAUAUCAGACGUUGAUGGCAGCCCAAAUCGAGCCUUUGAGGAAUGCGUGAUGUUGCCACCGGAAGUUGCCUUACUCCAGGUCUCGGUAGAUCCUAUGCAAUCCUUUUGA